GCGUCCAGAACCCUCAUACAGACAGAAGAAUCUUUGGAAUUUGUCAGGAGGAAAUACUGGAGAGAUUCCAUUUCUUUUAGGUUAAGACUUCUCCGUGAUAAGCUACACAACAGAAAAUCUCGGACGUGCAACCUCUGUGAAGUUACUAAUUAGAAAAACCUUGUAUUCGGAUUUCCUCUGAUGUUCAAAGGGAACAUAGAACUAAAGCAACACCAUUGACUAGCACACCUCUCCCUUUGGACAACAUUAAGUUCUUGCUGGACUUCUUUUUUGUUGCAACCUGGAUGUUUGCAUUGCAUGUACGCAAAGAGCCGCUAUUCGUUUUGCUCGGGGUAACAGCAAGGCAAGGAAGCUGAUAUCCCGUUUUAUUUGACGUUUUCUAUCUGAUCUGACCGCGGCACAUAUGAACUCCCGAUUCUUUUCUCGGUAGGGUAAUAGCUGGAUUCUCUCCCUGAGGAAUAUGGAAUCUGGGCAACGGAUGCACCGCUGCAAAGUGCAAGCCUUUCAAACAUAUAUUUGUUUUGCCUAGUGUGUAAACAUUGUCUGUCAUUUGGAAAUACAUUUUUACAGUCUAGUGGACAGCCGCCAUCCACAGCUCAAUCUGGCGACUAAGGCGACUGGUAGGUGAAUGACUGAGUUUGAGAUUGUACAUUUUUAUGAAUGUUGAAUGUGUUAAAUGUUGUCUAAUUGGAAUUUCAAGGCAUCCACGGCGCAUCCUCUGUGUGUAACUCAAUAUUGAAACAACUUUUGGACAUACAUUCAUUCCAUUUCGUUGGGCAUGACGGAAACUAUGGCACUGAGCGGGAAUUGUAGGACUAACCCUACGCCCAAAGACCAGGGAUCUGUUCAGAAUAGUUUCCCAGAUGUUGUUGAAUUAAAUGUCGGUGGGCAGGUUUAUUACACGCGUCAUGCAACACUCGUGGGCACCCCGAAUUCCUUGCUGGGCAAAAUAUUCUCACCCAAGAAAGAUGCCACAAACGACUUGGCGCGUGAUCCUAAAGGACGGUAUUUUAUUGACAGAGAUGGUUUUUUAUUUCGAUACGUACUGGACUACCUCAGAGACAAACAAGUUGUACUACCCGACCAUUUCCCGGAGAAAGGGAGGUUAAGGAAAGAAGCGGAAUACUUUCAACUGCCAGACUUGGUGAAAAUCUUGACGCCCGACGACUUAAAACACAGCCCAGACGACUAUUUCCACAGUGAUUAUGAAGAUGGCUCUCAGGGCAGCGACCAAAGGAUGUGUCCGCCGUCAUCACUUGUGCCCGCUGACAGAAAAAGUGGGUUUAUCACAGUUGGGUACCGUGGCUCAUGUACGACGGGCCGCGAGAGUCAAACCGAUGCCAAAUUCAGGCGGGUCCCGCGGAUUCUGAUAUGCGGGAGAGUUGCCCUAGCCAAGGAAGUUUUUGGGGAAACGUUGAACGAGAGCAGAGAUCCCGACAGGACACCUGACCGUUACACUUCCCGCUUUUACCUGAAGUUUAAACACCUUGAGAGAUCCUUUGACAUGCUGUCGGAGUGUGGUUUCCAGAUGGUGGCCUGUAACUCGUCGGUCACGGCUUCGUCCGUCAACCAACACACAGAGGACAAGAUCUGGUCAAGUUACACUGAAUAUGUCUUCUAUCGCGGCCCUUCUCGCUGGUCGUCGCCUCCGUGCGACUGUUGCUGCAAGCACCACAAGGGCGGCGAGGGCGAGGGCGAGAGCGGCACCUCCUUCAACGAGCUCUCCACCUCCAGCUCCGAGAGCCAGUCCGAGGCCGGCUCCCCGCAGGGCACGGUCAUCUGCGGCCCCGUGAGCCGCCAGGCCCUCCCUCAGCCUCGCCCCCACGCCCACCCCCACGCCCACGUGCAGAUGCUGGACCGGCCCCCGAAGAAGGGCCCCGUGGCCGCCCUGCAGCAGUCGGAGCAGAGGCGGAAGAGCGACCUGCUGCGCACGCUGACGGCGAGCUCGCGCGACACAAGCACCUGCAAGAAGCGCCCGGCCAAGGAGAAGCUCACGACCGAGGAGGAGCUGGAGAAGUGCAUCCGGGACUUCCGCAAGAUCAAGAUCCCCGACAGCUUCCCCGAGAGGAAGUACAUGUGGCAGGCCGACCUGCUCCGGAAGCAUUUCCCCGACUGA